AUUAACUGGGUCAACUUGGCUUAGGGGAGUAAAGAUCACAUGAAUACUGCUGUUUCUGUCUUAUUUCAUCUGUUUUCAUGUUGAAGAGGACACUUAAUCCUGGUUUUAUAAAAAGGCUAUUUCAUACAGGGACUCCCAGAGACAUGAGAUUUGUCCAAUUCAAGGAGGGUGACAGGCAGGGGGUGGGGGUUGAACUUAGCAAUGGAGGCAAUAUUGUGGACCUGAGUGCAGGCAACAGUUCAAUUCCAAACAAUAUGAGGGAUUUCUUGGCAGCUGGGCAGAAUGCAAUUGUUGCAGCUAAAAGUGUCGUAGAGAGUGGGAAAAAUGUGUUGUCUCGCGACAAAGUCAAGUUGCUUGCCCCAAUAACAAAUCCUGACAAAGUGAUAUGUAUAGGAAUGAACUAUGCGGACCAUUGCCACGAACAGAAUGCCCCCAUCCCAGUUGAACCAGUUAUUUUCAAUAAGUUUCCAAGCACCAUCAUAUCCCCAGGGGAUGAUCUGCAAUACCCCAGUGAAACAGAGGCCUUGGACUGGGAAGUAGAGAUGGUCAUAGUCAUCGGAAAGGCUGGCAAAAACAUACAGAAAGCUGAUGCCAUGAACCAUGUAGUAGGAUACACCGUAGCACAUGAUGUCAGUGCCCGUGAUUGGCAGAAAACAAGAGGUCAAGGUCAGUGGUUGAUUGGCAAAAGUAUGGACUGCUUCUGCCCUCUAGGACCUGCUAUUGUAAUGAAAGAGGAUAUUAGUGAUCCUCACAAUCUUGGGCUGAGAACCCGAGUGAAUGGUGUAACUAAACAAGAUAGUUGUACAUCCCAGCUCAUUCACAAAACUGCAGAUUUGAUUGCAUAUUGCUCAAGGUUUUUCACACUGUUGCCAGGUGACAUUAUGUUGUCAGGGACACCCCCUGGAGUUGGGAUGUUCAGGAAUCCACCAGAAUACUUACAGAAGGGAGAUGUUGUGGAAGUUGAAAUUGAUGAGAUUGGAACCAUCUCCAACAAAGUGGUGUAGAACUAGAGACUAUCACAAAUAUUUUGUAUUUGACAUUCCCUUGAUUAAAAAUACACCAAAGAGCUUCCUUGUUUAUAUUUAUUGGAGGAGACAAUUAAUUUCAAAAUGAAUGAUUUGAAUGCUAAACAAUAUGGGCAGACAUUAAUGUCACUCAGAAUACUUGAUGCUAUGUUUGGAUCAAAAUGACAAAUUCAAGGGGGGAAUUGUGCAUACAUGUACAUGCGAAAAACUAAGCUUACAUUCAUAACAGUAGUCAUUCUCAUAUACAGGUUGGUCUAAAAAAGGUGAACUGCUGGCUCCAUCAGGGGUAUAUUUCCCUUAUUAUUUUGCACAAUGUCUAAUUUUCAGGCAUGUUUGUCAAAGUCUUGGAAAUUCUUCAAAAUUCAAGACUGAAAAUAAAAUAUGGCAUCAACAAAAAUUAUUUUAGACCUUUUUCUACAAUAUGUGAUAAUAUGAGCCAAUUCAUGCACGUAUUAAGGAAAUAAUAGCCUGUUGCAGGAGCUCACUUUGUU